CCUAUAUAUAUUAUUAUAUCCCUUCUUUUUCGAUCCCUUCUUUUCUGCCCUCAUCCAUUUCCUGUUUCUAACAGAUUUUCCGACCCGAAACUUGGAUCCGACGACCCUUUUCCUUUGAUCUAGGGCUCCAUUUUCCCUUCUUCUUCACAUCGCCCUUUGUUUUGGUGAACUGGAAUCCCAGCUCCGGUUCUUAGAUCCGGUUUACUCCUGUUUUCGGCUUCAGAUCCGGGCCACAAACAGAAGGGAUCGGAUUACGUCUCUUUUACUUCAUUUUUUUUGGAAUCAGGUUGGUGAAGAGUAAAUGGCAUCGGGUGAGGGAUUUCUUACUGAUGAACAAAGGGAAGUCUUGAAAAUAGCGAGUCAAAAUGCGGAGACUCCUUUACCAUCUCCUAGAUUGUCAUCAUCACCCAAAUCCCCUACUUCGUUGCUUUCCGAUCACCAAUUAAAGGAUCCUGCUGGUGGUAAGGCACCAACUUGUGGUGUUGGAAUGAGGCAUGUUCGUCGGUCUCACUCAGGGAAGUUUGUCCGUGUAAAGAAAGAUGGUGCUGGUGGAAAGGGAACAUGGGGGAAACUGCUUGAUACUGACAGGGAAUCACAUAUAGAUCGAAAUGAUCCUAACUAUGACAGUGGAGAGGAACCAUAUCAACUUGUUGGUUCAACUAUUUCUGACCCUCUAGAUGAGUACAAAAAAGCAGUUGUCUCAAUAAUAGAAGAAUAUUUUAGCACUAGUGAUGUGGAAUUGGCAGCAUCCGACCUCAAAGAUCUUGGCUCAAGUGAAUUUCAUCCUUAUUUUCUUAAGAGGCUUGUCUCCAUUGCCAUGGACAGACAUGAUAAAGAGAAGGAAAUGGCCUCGGUUUUGCUUUCUUCAUUAUAUGCUGAUGUCAUCAGCCCAAACCAGAUUAGGGAUGGUUUUGUUAUGCUUCUCGAUGCUGCGGAUGACCUUGCUGUGGACAUACUGGAUGCAGUCAAUAUCCUUGCUCUGUUCGUAGCUCGUGCUGUGGUUGAUGAGAUUCUGCCUCCAGCAUUCCUCACAAGGGCAAAGAAGACACUUCCUGAAUCUUCCAAGGGAUAUCAGGUUCUUCAAACUGCGGAGAAGAGCUAUCUCUCGGCACCCCACCAUGCUGAACUUGUAGAGAGGAGGUGGGGUGGUAGCAUUCAUGUCACAGUUGAGGAAAUGAAGAAAAAGAUUGCUGAUCUUUUAAGGGAGUAUGUGGAGAGUGGUGACACAUUUGAGGCCUGUAGAUGUAUAAGGGAAUUAGGUGUUUCGUUCUUUCAUCAUGAGGUUGUUAAGAGGGCUUUGGUUCUUGCCAUGGAAAUUCAAGCAGCAAAACUGCUAAUGCUGAAACUCCUAAAGGAAGCAGCUGAGGAAGGGUUGAUAAGUUCGAGUCAAAUGGUGAAAGGGUUUGCUCGGUUAGCAGAGAGUCUUGAUGAUCUUGCCCUUGACAUUCCAUCUGCGAAAACCUUGUUUCAAUCCAUUGUCCCCAAAGCUAUAUCUGAAGGAUGGCUUGAUGCAUCAUUCUCAAAGUCCUCAUGUGAAGAUGGAGAGGGUCAAAGUGAAGACAAAAGAUUGAGACGGUACAAGGAGGAGGUUGUAACUAUAAUUCAUGAGUAUUUUCUCUCAGAUGAUAUUCCGGAACUCAUCCGGAGUCUUGAAGAUCUAGGGUUGCCUGAAUUUAAUCCUAUUUUCUUGAAGAAGCUUAUCACUCUUGUCCUAGAUAGGAAGAACAGGGAGAAAGAAAUGGCGUCGGUUUUGCUCUCUGCUCUUCACAUUGAAAUCUUUUCAACCGAAGAUAUAGUGAAUGGGUUUGUCAUGCUUCUGGAGUCUGCAGAAGACACGGCCUUGGAUAUUUUGGAUGCUUCGACUGAGCUUGCUCUGUUCUUGGCAAGAGCUGUUAUCGAUGAUGUGUUGGCCCCGUUGAAUCUUGAUGAGAUAGCAAGCAAGUUGUCACCAAAUUGUAGUGGAAGUGAGACUAUCCGCAUGGCACGAUCACUUAUAACCGCACGCCAUGCUGGUGAGCGGCUCCUCAGAUGCUGGGGAGGUGGAACUGGCUGGGCUGUAGAAGAUGCAAAGGACAAGAUAAUGAAGCUCCUCGAGGAAUACGAAAGUGGAGGUGUUGUAGCUGAAGCUUGCCAAUGUAUCCGUGACCUUGGAAUGCCAUUCUUUAACCACGAAGUGGUUAAAAAAGCACUAGUGAUGGCAAUGGAGAAGAAAAACGAUAGGAUGCUGGAUCUGUUACAGUGGUCAUCCGAUGGGAGAUUCACACAUCCCAGCUAGCCAUUGUAUAAAGUUGGUUCUUUCCGUCUGCUAUAUCGAAAUAGCUUUAGGUUCGUAUUCUAAACAGUGUAGCAUGUUGGUUAGGAAAUGAUAUGAUAUGAUAUGCGUGCUGGUACUUACCACCAUAUUAUGAUGGCAUAUGAUGGUCAGGAUGAUGGUUGUAUACUUCCAAAAAGGAUCCAUAUUAAUGUAAUGCUCCCAUAUUAAUCUUUUAAUUGAGAAAGUAAAAAAAAAAAAAAGUGUUGGGGACGAUAUUGAGUUUUGGUAAAAGAUGAAACUGUGGUUGUUUUGGAUCGAAAAUUAAUCAGGGUAUUAAUUCGAAGAAAGAGUAUUAGACUGGUUGACCUGUAAA